UUUUAUAUUGAAUUAAUGCAAAAAAGUCAGCGAUCGCAGCAUCCUGCUAAACUCCCGUGGCGCCGCUUGGUCUGCCAGCCGUGUGGAUGGGUGAAGGCGGGUGGUGGUGGCAGCGCGUGGUGCUGGGCGUGUGGAUGCUGAUGACCAUGGUGCUGACGCGCAGCUACGAGGGCAACCUUAUGUCGCUUCUAGCCGUGAGACACCUGCCCCAGCCCUACCAGACCCUCAGGGACGUGGUGGACGACUCCUCGGUGGUCAUGGUCUGGCACAAGCAGGGAGCACCUAUUCAAUCAGUUAUGGACGCUACUUCUGGGAUCUUCUACGAGGUGAAGGAGACUAUUAAGCAAGGGCGCCUCCAGGAGGAGCUACCAUUUAAAUAUCUCUCCAUUUUGGACGAAGUUAUAAGCCAAAGGACAGUGAUCAUAGAUUACGUCAGGAUAACACGAGCUACUAGAAGCAAAUAUUUUUCUGAAACAGGGCGGUGUGACUUUUACAUCGGACUGGAGAAUAUCCAAGCCAAUCCCGUUGCCCUGAUCAGCCAGAAAGACAGUCCCCUCAUCCCACCUCUCAAUGCUAGAAUAAUGUCGCUGACUGAGGCUGGACUUUUCCACCAAUGGAAUAAUGAGGGGAUCGCGAACUACAGCGCAUGCGAGCGAGUGCCGACCAAGAUCACUAUCAGCCAUGAUGGUGGUUCUGGAGGGAGGUCUGGCGGUUGGCCUCAUCAUUCUUGGCGCGGAGGUGAUGCUCGCAGGAGUCUUGCGUCACUGAUCAUCACCAACACUUUUCCAGGGAGGACGGAAGACAUCUCUGAAUUUGAUAGUGCAGUGCGUGCAGACAAGAUUAUUGCUGUGUGCACCUCUCCUGAACUGAAAUCACCAGCUGUCAGUGGCUGUGACAUUCUGAGAGGUGUAGGCGGUGCUGCAUCAUAUAAGAUGGUGCCGCGGCAUGUCGAGGCUCACUUGGGCCCUUCUUGCCUCCUGCUGUGGACAGAGCCGCUCCUCCACACCAAACCUCUGCGCCUGCAGGGAGGCUUCCACCAGCAGGUCAAUUGCACGGCGGUCUGGCAGAAGUCCACACACGGUGCGGCGCUGGCUGUGCUGGUGGGAGCAAUAUGGACGCCUCUGCAAGCCAGUCCAGAGUCAGUGGCGGUGCCGAACUGCAGCUGUACACAGUGA